GAGCAUUUUGUUCCCUGAAUAUGGCUGUGAGCAUAUUUGUUGCCCCCUUUUUGUCCCCCGUGCCCCAGUAAUUGUCCUGACUAUUGCAGUUGUGUUUUAGCUUCUACUACGUGUCCCGUUGAGUAAUUUUUGGUGCAGGUUUUGAGGUUGGAGGGGCGGAAGAGGACGUAAUGGAGGAAGUUGCAUAUCUCUGAAGCUUCCUUGAGAGAAAUCUGCAGACAGAAAAGUUGCUCCCCUUUCUCCCUGCAUUCUUUAGAGCCGGGUGGGUGCCAGUGGAUGCUGGGUGCCAUGGCCGUGCCGCUGGGGCUGCUGCUGGCCCUGCUGGGCUCCGCCACGGCGCCAGAUCCGGCCCUGGAGGAGGCCUGGGAAGGGUGGAAGAGCCUCCACGCCAAGGAGUACCUAGGGGAGGCAGAGGCUGCCCGCAGGGAGGUCUGGGAGAAGAACCUGCGGCGCAUCCAGCAGCACAACCUGGAGGAGUCGCAGGGGCAGCACACCUUCCGCCUGGCCAUGAACCACUACGGGGACCUGACGGACAAGGAGUUUAACCAGCUCCUGAACGGCUUCACGCCGGUGUGGCAGGAGAAGCCGGCGCUGCUCUUCCAGGCGUCGGAAGACGUGAAGACCCCAGCGGAAGUGGACUGGCGGGCAAAGGGCUACGUGACGCCCGUGAAGAACCAGGGGCACUGCGGGUCAUGCUGGGCGUUCAGUGCCACGGGAGCCUUGGAGGGGCUCGUCUUCAACCAGACGGGGAAGCUGGCGGUGCUGAGCGAGCAGAACCUCAUCGACUGCUCCCGAAAGCUGGGCAACAACGGCUGCCACGGCGGCUACAUGACCCGCGCCUUCCAGUACGUGCGUGACAACGGCGGCUUGAACUCGGAGCACGUCUACCCCUACAUGGCCACGGACACCUCCAGCUGCCGGUACAACCCCCAGGACAGGGCGGCCAACUGCUCCACCGUCUGGCUGGUGGCCCAGGGCAGCGAGGUGGCACUGGAACAGGCGGUGGCGGCCAUAGGCCCCGUGUCCGUGGCGGUGGACGCCAGCGGCUUCCAAUUCCACUUCUACAAGUCAGGUAUCUUCAGCAGCAUGUUUUGCAGCCAGCGGGUAAACCACGGCAUGCUGGCCGUGGGCUACGGCACAAGCCAGGAGCAGGGGCGCAACGUGAGCUACUGGAUCUUAAAGAACAGCUGGUCGGAGGCGUGGGGUGAGCGGGGCUACAUCCGACUGCUGAAAGGCACCGACAACCAGUGCGGGGUGGCCAACCAGGCCAGCUUCCCCAUGCUGUGAGCCGGGCCAGCCCUCCCUCCCCGUGCUGCGGAUCCAGGGCCGUUUCCUUCUAGAAAGGGGUUUUUGUUUGUGUGCGGUGAGAAGCAAUUAAAAUUGGUACGGCAAAUGGCUCUGUGCCUGCAAACGGGGGCCAGCCAUGGUUUGGUGGCCAAGCUGAUGCAGCCGGUCCUUCUCCUGGUGGGAAAGACAAAGCUCCUUCCGCACGACGCUCGGCGAGAGGCUCUUCUUUUUUUUUUCUCUCCCAGCCCAGCCAUCUCCUUCCCCUCCCGCGGCCCCUUUUCCUUCCAGCUGCGUCCCGAAGGCCGCCGGCCAGGGCUGGAUUUUCUGCCCGUGCCUGCGGCUCUGCCUGACCCUGCAGAGACCGAGCCAACGCCGCUGCCCCUGCGCGCCGAGCUCUUUAGAAAACAGCUCUUUACCCAUUAAACCUGCGUGACAAGGCAGAAAACGAA